ACAUUUAAUUUUAUAUAGUUUAAGAUAAGAAAAAUGAAAGCUCUCCAGCUUUUAGUCGCUAUUUUAGCUUGUCUUGCCACUCUUGUCGUUGCAAACAGAAAACCAUAUCGUCCAUGGCUUCCCAGAAAAUGCAGACUAAAGUACAGCAAAAGACACGACUGCGGAUACAAAGGAAUACCGCCCGAUCAAUGCAGAGCUAAGGGAUGUUGCUAUGACGAAGUUCCACGAGAAGAUGGAAUAAAUGUACCAUGGUGCUUCAAAUCAUCAACUGAUAAAUUCAUUACCAACAAACUUCUGACGGUACUUGCGGCAGAAGGAGUUGACAGUGAUCUUAUUCUAGCUUUGUACGCUGACGCAAAUCCUGGUGCGGAAUGGCUGUUAGCGUUCAAAAACGGUGGACUCAACACUGGGCAUCUCCUAAAAAUGAUCGGAGGCGACCUCAAUAUUGAUCCAUUCUACUUGAAAAUAUUGUCAGGAGAAGAUCCUAUCAAAUUAUUACUUGAAAAAAUUGCAAAACAAAUGGGUUUGAAAGAAGAAUACCUCGGAUACUUUGCCGAUGGAAACACAGAAGUCAUACUCAAGCACAUACUUUAUCUUGUGUCAGCUCAAAAUGGAAAUCCAUCUGUACCAUACAGCAUCCUGACAGAUCUUCUCAGUGGCAAAAAACUUGAUUCGAAAAAAUUGUUAGAGAAUUAUGUUGAGCAACUACUUCCAAAGGGCGACAAAUUCACGACCGAAUUCUACAAAGCUUUGUAUUCUGGCAACCGAGAGGAAGCCAUCCAGUGGGCAUACCUAUCAGCUUUCAGAUACAAAUUCCCUCAAAAAGGACUUUAUCCACAAAACUCAGGUCUUUUCAUGUCUCUUGUGAUGACCCAGAAGAAUUUCCCAGGAAAAAUCAGUCCAAGCAUUAUUCUUGCGUUGGCAAAGGGAGAAAUUUUACCCGGAAUCAACAGCGAUGGACAAACGUUCAAACAAUUGUUUGGUGUCAAAGCUAAGGACUAUAUUUGCGCCGCACACGACCCUUCACUACAAACUGCCUGCGGCCCAUUGAAGGGAAGAUUGUAUACAUCAGCUCGUGAAUGUGAGGAAGCUGGUUGUUGUUUAAUGCAAGCUAUUAAUGGAAAAAGUGCAAUGUGCUUUGAUAACGUUCUUGGAUCUAUUGGAACUUUCCUUGCUCAAAACGUCAUCGAUGAACAUUACAUCAAUGAAACAAUUCUUGAAGGCAAUCUUCCCAGCAUAGAGGACUUCAUUCCAUGGUUACCAAACAACGAAUUGCCAACCAGAUACCAAAACUGGUACGGAGACGGCACCAGAAUAGAAACUUUCGCAGAUCCUUACCCCACUGUUUUGUCGCUUAAACCGAACAAAUACAGAAAAGAUUUUAAAUGGAAACCACAUGGUCCAACUUCCAUUCCUUUUGAGCAAAAACUUCCAUUUGAAUUUUUGGUGCCUACAAUUGAACCCGGAGUAAUCAAUCCUUAUCCAGGCGGAGACGAAGAAGCCUCGGAAGCACCAAUUAUAACUCAACUUGAGCUCAAAGGAUUUUCAUCCAUUUGCCGUGCGGUACUCCCAAAAGACAGAGUGGAGUGCAUGUCGAAUUCCAAGGCAUUGAAGGAUGAUGGGGCGGAAUGCGUUGCUAGUGACUGCUGUUAUGAUCCAGAUUGGUCUGAUCUGAACACUCCAGCGUGCUUCAGACUUAUUACAUACGGUCAAUGCUACAAGGUUGCCUACGAAGAAAGAGAAGACUGUGGAAGAGAAGGAAUCAAAAGAGAAGAAUGUCUGCAAAACCCACAAUGUUGCUACGAUACAGCUUUACCUAUUCAAGAAUUUUACAAAGGAACUCCAUGGUGCUACUAUAAAAAACGAGCACCCAUCUUACCAAAAGAUACUUGUGCCAGAGCUUCGGAAAGAAAACCGUGCCUUUCAAGUUCCACUCUCAAUGGUAUAGUGAGUAAAGAAAAUUGUGAAUAUCUUGGAUGUUGCUACGAGAAAGUGAAAGUAUCAUUCUUCGAUCAAGUGAUUGGUUAUAGUGAAGCAUCGCCGACCUGCUUCAAGCCUGCUGAAUAUGAUCUUACACCUACUGAGGAACCCGAUGAAGAAGACCCAACUGAAGAAGUAUGCCAGUAUAAACACGACAUGGAACCUCAUCACCGUGUACCGUGUGGCGACAUAACUUCAUUCUUUGAAUGUAGAUUGGCAGAGUGUUGCUAUGAACGAAUAUAUUUUGAUACACAAUUCCCGUGGUGCUUCCGAAAGAGCACGGUUGCAGUUUCAAGAUAGAACUGGUCCUAUUCGUCUUCCGACUGCACACCACUAUGAAAGACUUUUUCUCAAUCUAUUGUCAGUUUUUGUUAAAUUUUUGUAUUCUAAUCAGUAUACUUUUUCACAUUUCAGUUAUCUGCCUUAAACGCAGUAGUGUUUUCAACCAUCAGCAUCCCAACCUGUUUUACAGCAGAAAUGGUUUAAAUGCUUUAUUUGUCAUCGCAGGUUUAAUUUUCAAUGCUAGAAUCGAUGCGUUGUACAACAACUCUAAACUAUCUCUGAAAAACGGUAUAUAUAUCAAAUCCGCUUGCAAUAUACAAUUCGUCAUUUGAAACAAACAAGCAUUACAUUAAUAUUUAACGCAUUGAUCUUGAUUUCGAGUACAAUAUCUCAAGUGUAUAAUAAGCAAGGCAGCUGAACCUUGUGGUGACUUUCAAAUGUUUCCACUUUAGUGGGACAAUUUUAUACUAUUGUUUUAUGAUAUAACGCUAAAGAUUCAUUGAUUAUUCCUAUAUAUGAAGUGUUGUUUUUCAUACGAUUUGUGUAUUAUAAAAUGAUAUAAUAAUAAAUGAUAUUAGGAAUUCCA